AAGUGCCUCUCAUAUAUUCUCUGCUCAAAGGAUUAGCCUUGCAGUUGCCAGACGAGGUACCUGAUAAAAAUGAGAUAAUUAGAUUGAGAAAGGUUGCAAGCAGUGUUGGUGUUGGCGACAAACAUGAUGCUGAGUGGGUACACUCUAUUCUGACAGACGCUGGUGCAGCUAAUGAUAAUUCUUGGAUCCUACUUCCAUACCUUUGUGCUGCAUUCAUGGUGUCCAACAUUUGGAACGGUGCUGUUUAUGAUGUCAAUAUAGGUGGACUCAGUAACAAUUUGCACUGCCUAGCAAGGUGUGUAAGUGCUGUGAUUGAGGGAAGCGAAUACACUCGGGUCGAAAGGGAGCAGCGAAUAAAUUCUCUUUCAAAUGUGCAUACAGAUGAGCUGCAAGAGGCCGAGUUACCGAGCCGUGUCUCAGCAGAAGCAAAUAUCAAAUCUUCUAUGCAGAUCUACGUCAAACUGUCUGCAGGGGUCGUCCUGGAUUCAUGGAACGACACAAGCAGGUACCUGGUGCACUGCAUUUUUCGGAUUCGGGUUUGGCAAAGGUUUCCGACAACACCCAGGUCCCACACCUUCGAGCCAGGCUACUACAGCUCGUCGGGGUCCCAGCACGACGAUGGCUACGACGCGGAUAGGAGGGCCGGACGGCUGCUGCGGAGCAUGAGGCGCUCUGGACCGCUCGACUUCGGUGCGAGCAGAAAGGCGAAGAAGUUCGUCGAGGGCUCCAGCUCCGGGAGCAGCCAUGGAGCUGGCUCGCUGCAGAGGUUCGCAGUGUCGAGAUCUGGCCCUCUAUCGUACAAAUAGGGCCGCAUGUAAUGUAAACUCUAGAGCGGUAGAUCUUCCUAUGCGUGCUGGUUGUACUCGUACGUAGCUAGCAGCAGCAGCAGCUAGUUGUGCUGUAAGUAAAACCCAUUAAUUACUUUGUGUUGACUGUCGUUAGACAAGUGAUUUGAAUUAGCUGUUGCUCGUUUGGUUUGUGUAUCAACAAUACUAUUAUUCGUUGAUUUUUCUUGAUAGCAA